AUGGCUUAUCCCGGCGAGGGAAUGGGCCCCAUGGGCGGCCCUAUGGGCGGCCCCAUGGGCCCUAUGGGAGGCCCUAUGGGGGGGCCCAUGGGGGGCCCCAUGGGGUGGGGCAAGGGUGGCGGGUGGGGCGGGUGGGGCCCUGGUGGUGGGGGUGGCAACUUCCCAGCAGCUUGCAACGUCUACGUGGCCGGAAUUCCGGAAGCGUGCACAGAGCAGGAGUUCAGGGACUUCUUCGCCCAGUAUGGCACUGUUGCACAGAUAAAGAUUCGGCACUUGAUUGUUACAUCCACAAAGCUGUCCGAGCAGUCCAAGAAUGGCACCAGGUACGGCUUCGUGAACUUUACCGCGCCGGACGAGGCGCAGCAAGCCAUCCAGACCACCAACAACAUGCAGUUCGGCCCCUGCACGUUGACCGUGAGGCUGGCCAACAGCAACAGCAAGGGCUCUGGCAAAGGGCCACCUCCCGGCGGGAGCAUGGGCAUGGCCCUUGGCGGCCUGGAAGGAUGUCCACCGAAUGAGACGAUCAUCAUCAAAGGCCUGUCGGCCACGGUGACCGAGGAAGGCGUGAAGAAGGCUUUCUCGGCGUAUGGGCAAGUGAAUCAAGUGAAAAUCCUGGAUUCCUACGAAGGCUUCUCACUGGCUUUAGUAAAGAUGGCCACGACAGAGCAGGCGGAAUGGAUCGUUCACAAGCUGGAUGGGAACAUCCCUCACACGCUGGAGACUCCAGUGGAUGUGACCUUCAUGCCUGCCAGUGGUGCACCACUUAGACAUUUGUUGGCCAAUCCCAACGCCCCUUUUGGCGACAAGGAGUCUUCAAGUCCUGCCACUCCAGAGUUUCAGAAAGCCGUCAGCGACACCAUCGCCGGCGUCAAGGGCUUUAAGUCCAUGCCCUCCGAGGAGGAUCUCCCAGACCCGACCUAUUUGUUAGUGAAAGGUUUGGCUCCCGAGAUCGAUGAGCUGUAUUUGUAUUAUGUGUUUGCUCCCUUCGGUGCGGUUCAGAGCAUCAAAGUGUCGAAAGACGAGUAUGGCGGCUGCACUGGCUCGGCCUAUGUGAAGUUCGGCGUGGCCGAGGAAGCCCUUUUGGCGAUCCAGACGAUUUGUGGCAAUCCACUUCCGGAUGGCAGUGUGAUGGGCGUCUUCGUGAAAUCCAAAGGCUCCGGGACCUCCACCUGA